GUUUUUUCGCCACAUUGACUCCCGACGACCCCAUGGAAGUGCAAGACGAAGUCGAUGAAGAUGAGAUGAGUGCCAUACAACCUAUGGCCGUGCCCUCGCUACUGCCCACAGCGACACCGAAGAUAACCACAACCACACCCCGGUCACUGCCAGAUGCUCACGCGAGUGACCGGUAA